AAACUGGAUGAUGGGCAUUUAAACAACUCCUUGGGCUCUCCAGUUCAAGCCGACGUGUACUUCCCACGACUGAUCGUCCCAUUUUGUGGGCACAUUAAAGGUGGCAUGAGACCAGGCAAGAAAGUGUUAGUGAUGGGCAUCGUAGACCUCAACCCAGAGAGCUUUGCGAUCAGUUUGACCUGCGGUGACUCAGAAGAUCCCCCUGCCGAUGUGGCAAUUGAACUCAAAGCUGUGUUCACAGACCGGCAGCUACUCAGAAAUUCUUGUAUAUCUGGGGAAAGGGGUGAAGAACAGUCAGCAAUCCCGUACUUCCCAUUCAUCCCAGACCAGCCGUUCAGGGUGGAAAUUCUUUGUGAGCACCCACGUUUCAGAGUGUUUGUGGAUGGACACCAACUUUUUGAUUUUUACCAUCGUAUUCAAACAUUAUCUGCCAUUGACACCAUAAAGAUAAAUGGGGACCUCCAGAUCACCAAGCUUGGCUGAUGUUUAAACCACCUGUGUUUCAAAUAGGAUCAGGUGCCACAACUACAUGACUGUUGGUCUGGAAGAAGUGUCCUAUCAAGAUCUAGAGACUUAAAAAGAAAACAAAAGGCAAGCUUCACUGUCUCCUCUUUCUGUGCAGUUUAAACCCAAAAUGAAAACUUGACAAUUUCAACUGUGGUUUGCCUGUAGAAAGAAAGCUGUCGGACAAAGACACCGAGCCAUUAUUCCCAAAACAAAGUAAUACAUUUAUGCUGGAUUUUAUUCAGACUAAGCUAAAAUGGAUUGGUAAUGAUUUGUGAUUUGGUAUCAAAUUAUUCAUCAUUUUAAACAAAGGUGAUGUUAAGAAACAAAAAUGCCAAAGGCAUUUAAAACAACGGUACACCGAAAUCAACGCAUUUCUGCACUGAAGUAGAAUUGUGUAGCACAACCAACAUUUUAGUCAGGGUAUUUACAUAGAAUGUAGAUUUUUUUGAAGUUUAAUUUUGUUUUGUUCCUUUUUUUUUUGGCAGUGUAAUGUCAAUUCAGAUUUUUGAAGCUUUCUCGUAGCUAUUUAUUUAUAUUCAAUGUAUGUAUUAGAGAAUGAGCAACGUCUCAAGGACAGCAAGUUAUAAACUUUUGAAUGUAUAAAUAUCUUAGGUUGAGGAGAGAAAAUUACAUGUUACAAUACAUCUAAAAGGUGAAUUUGUAGCCUAAAGAGUUGAGUUGUAUUCUCCAAACCCUUGAACUUUGGAUCUCUUCAUAUAAAUGCUGUAAGUGCUUUUGGGAAAGAUUUGCAUUGUUUCGAUAAAACUGCUUUUUAAGAUACUGUCGAUUAUGUAAAAUUCUAUUUACGUUGCUUCUUCUCCUUACUGUGAAUUAGCACAGUAUUGGCUUCUUUAAAACUAAUUACUCCCUAGAUUUACAUACUCGUGCAUUAAGUUGUUAUUAAAUUAAUUGAAAACACAAAAGAGGUGAUUGCAUAGACAAUUUUUUAAAUGACUUAUAUAAACUUUUAAAAGUAUAAUAUGAAAAUGAUUCUGGAAUGCAGUUAAAGCAGAAACAAAUGGUCCCAAAUAACUUACUUGGAAAUAAUUUAUAAUCCACUUAAGCUGUUAGCUCAUUGUAUAACUUUUCUUCUGUGACCCUCACCAAUAUCCCUAAGCAAUGCCUUUGGAGCUUCAGAGUAGAAGAUGGUUCUUACUAUGUCAGCCUGGAGUACAUAGUAGGAUGGGAUGGGAUCCAGAUUAGGAAAGGAUCAAGUUGUUUAUCUGAAAGGUCAAAUCCUAGGACUCCAGGUCUUUGAGUCCAGGCAAUAGUGCGAAUGCUUCCAAUGAAGCUGUUGAGGUCUCCCUGCACUUGUGGAAGUGAUCAAACUGUAAUGUGUCUCCAGCCAGAGGCUACAAACUGUAAAUGUCUCUGCAAGGCCAGGGGUGGUUGGAGUCCUGGGAGCUGAACUUCACAAGGUGCGUUGGCCCUAAAGAGAAGAACCCUUGUCAUUGCUUUGGCUAGGUAGUGGGGGAAGGAAGGGGUGCUGGGGUAGGGGUGUAUUUAUAUAUAAUUUAGAUUUUGUUUGUACAGCAUACUGUGUGACAUGUCCUUGUCCUGCUUUGCUUUUUUAUACAUCAUGCAGAGGCACUGAAGUGGCCAGAUCAUUUUCAUGUGUCGAGAAUGUAGACAGUGUUUCAGUACCAAAGUCUAAGAUAAACAAAGCAAACUAAAAUUGUGAAUUUUUUUAUAGGUGAUAUAUUUGGAUUCUUCUCAACUUUGAAACUGUUUAGCACAGUUCCAUGGUGUUAUAUACAAAGAUACUUUAUCCAAAAAGAUUGGCUGCACAUUACAAGCUGUUUGUACCAGCUGACUUAGCCAUAUUCAGUUCUGAGGGCUGAUCUAUGGCUCCGGGUAUUUUCAAGCCUGCGUUUAACCUUUCACUCCUCACUUUUGAGGAGACUUAGAGGGUACCCUGAAUUUAUUUGUAGGAACUUUGACUCAGGUGUGUGGAAGACCCUAUGGGAGGGCUCUUUUGAGUGCUCAUUGUUCCCACCCACUGCAUAAUUCAAGGGAAACUAGAGGAGUCUUAGUAUAACUGAUUGGAAGUGACACUGUGUUCUCUCAGCCUAUCGGCUAACUCAUUAGCAGCCAAGCCCUUAGGCAGCUUAGUGUGAAAAUACAGUAUUAACCCUUUAUUUCCCUCAGAGGUCAGGAGGAACCUCUUAGAAAAACUGGCUGGGAUUAAUCUAAAUGUUGCGAUGGCCUAAGUAUAGCUAAGUGAGCAGGGAGCCUUCUAUCCUAAGGUUAGCUGUAAACUGGAACGCACGUGUUCAUACCCUCUCCUCGGCAUGUGAGGGGUAAGGUGGGAAUUUCAGGGUGGAAAGUGCAAUUUAAAGCUUCACAGGAAAGUAUUUGUGUGUGUAAGGAGUUAUUUCUGUCCAGAGCCCUAGUUUUGCAAUAACCAAAAACCAAGGAAUAACAAUCAGGCUCUGGGGAAAUAAAAGACAGGCUUUAGACAAUCUGUUUCUGCAGCAACAUUGAAGUGAAUGUGUCUAUCUACUUACCAGUUAAUGAAAGUGACUUGUGCUUUCUGGGCUAUCCCAGAAUUGUCUUAAAAGUAUUUUUUUAAAUUUUGAAAUCUCAUUUCAAAUCUUACCAACCUCAAAACCCUCUAAGAGAUUACUCUUAGAAUUGAUGCUUUGUUAAAUGGCAAAUCCAUUUGUAUUUAAAAGAAAAUAUCCAAAAAGAGGGAGAAAGUCCUGUUGCCUUGAAAAACAGCCUUGGCAUUUUCUGGCAUUAAUUCAGAAAUAAUGUUCCUAUGAUAAAAUAUUUUCAAAGAAACACUUUCUUAUUUACUGCGUGGUGUAAAAUGUUGCUAAAUGUGUUGUUACAUUAUGUCACUGCUGAAAGUUAUUUGCACUAUAAUAAAGGAAUUUUUCUACAAAA